AUGUUACUGCCUCGUUUAUUAGCAUCGUUCGCCACCAUCAAUUUGAUUCAAGCUUACUACAUUCCAGCAAGUGGAGAAGAUUGGACAAAGUAUAAACCAAGUUGUGAUUAUUUACCAGGAAGUUUUACCACUUUGCCAUUCAAAUUCGGAAUUGUUGUGAAUCCAUAUAUUGUCACCAAUGAAGGGGAGUUGUUGGAACCAGAAGUGGAAUCUAUUGAGAGAAGUAUCACCACCAGUUUUGUUACAUCUGUUGUUACUCCAGCUCCAAAAGCCACCAAGACUAAGGAUAUUAUUGUUCAGAUUACUGAUGGUCAAGUUCAAAAAGUGAAUGAAGAGUUGUGUGAUCCAGAGGAGAAGAAGAAAUUGGGAUUAGACGAGGAGCAUUAUCAUCAACAUCAUGAUCAUGAUGGGUACUUGAGUGAUAAGUAUGGUGCCAAGUUCGAUGAUAAGUAUGGGGACAAAUAUGGCGGCAAACACAAAGAUGGCCACUACAAUGAAAACCACCGAGAUGGUGAGUUUUAUGACAAGGAUGAAAAGUUUGGUGAUCACAAACACUUUGAUGAUGAUGACAAGUACAACAAAGAGAAGCAAUUUAAUGAUAAAGAUUUUGACAAAGAAACCGUUUUGUCGAAAAGAGACGAAUUGGAGAUUGAAGAUGCUCAUGACAUUGGAGGUGAUAUCAAAGAUAAGCCAUUCGAUGAACAUUCCAAACAUUAUAAAGACAAGCAUGGAUUAAAAGGAGAUGAUUACGAUUAUGAAAACAAACAUCAUUUGGAGAAAGGAGAAAAAGACCACAAUGAAUACUACAACGAACAUGAGAGAUCAAAACAAUAUGAAAGUCAUGAAGGAAGCUAUACUGAGCAUAAAGACUUUAAAGAACGUUAUCCUCAUAAUGAUCAUAAAGGACAUAAUCAUAAAGAUCACAACGAUCAUAAUGGUGGUGCCCAUGACUUUUUCCACGACGAUGAUUUUGCUUCACCGGUUUAUUCCGUUGCUUGCUACACCAAUGCCACGUUACGUAUGUCAUUACAUGAUUCCAUUUUGCGUGACUCAGAUGACAGAAUUGGAUGUAUUGUAUCUGGUCAUCAAUUCCAAUUUGAUGGUCCAACUCCUCAACAUGGUGCUGUAUUUGCUGCAGGUUGGUCGGUCACAAAAGAUGGUCAAUUGGCUUUAGGUAACUCAACUAAGUUUUAUCAAUGCGCUUCUGGUCAUUUUUACAAUUUGUAUGAUCAAUCUAUUGGAUUCCAGUGUCAUCCGGUCACUUUGGAUGUGGUUGAAUUGAUCGAUUGCUGA